AUGAUCAUUAUAAACAAUUCUAACAAUCCCACCGGUGCACCUAUGCAUAACAGUGAACUGGGGCGCAUUGCUCAAACAGCAAAGGAGAAAAGCAUCAUCCUGUUCUCUGACGAAGUUUAUCGCCCACUCUUUCAUGGCGGGGUCUCUGGUCAAAUUGACAUUCUGAAGUCUGCUACGACCUUGGGUUAUGAAAGAACGAUCACGACGGGAUCCAUGUCUAAAGGAUGUGCUUUGGCUAGGAUUCGGGUCGGCUGGAUUGCAAGCAAGGACAAGUCCAUCAUCUCAGCCAUUAUGGCCGCCGUUUCCCAGAUUGAUGACCAGGUCGCGAAAUACGCCCUAUCGCCAGCAGUUCUCCCUUCUUUAGUUGAUCGCAACUUGACACUGGCGAGGCACAAUGCGAAACUGGUCAAAGAGUUUAUCGGACGCGAUAAGGCAGUCUGUUCCUGGGCAGAGCCCACGGGCGGGACGACAUCAUUUGUUCGUUUCAUCAAGAAUGGCCAACCUAUAAACGAUGUUAACUUCUGCUUGGACCUGCUAAGCAAGAACAAUGACCUGUUUGGGGCAGGUUCGAAAUGCUUUGGGAACGACGAGGACUUUAAGGGAUAUAUAAGAAUGGGGUAUGUCUGUGAGACACAUGUUCUAGUCAAGGGGUUGAAGCGAUUGGGUACUUACAUCGACGCAAACUUACUAUAG